AUGGAUUGUAUUUUUAAUGCACGAACAAGUCGCUAUCUACCAAAAACAUUAGCUUCAACAAGUGAAAAUUAUGAAACAGAACAUUUUCAUUAUAAUUAUUCAACAAAUUCACUUGAUUGUAAACUUUUAACAAUAAAUCCAUAUCGUUCGUAUUUUCAACAAAUUUAUCCAAUAAUAAUAAAUGAACAUGAAUUAAAUAAUGAUAUGUUAAAUAUUAUUAAAUCUUAUACAGAUAGUCGUUCAAAUGAAUGUUAUAUGAAAACAAAUUUAAAUUUACUUAGUGCAAAUUUUGAUGAUAUUGAUUGGUUAUAUGUUAAUAAACUUCGUUCAUUAAUUCGAGGUUUAAAUCAAUCAAAUAUAAAACCUAUUUAUUAUCGUGGUUUAACAUUAAGUG